CUUCGUAGAAUCCAUCGAAACUUUGCCGGUGAUUAGUAGCAGAAGUUUCCUCGAAAAUGCGCACAUUUGUUUGCCUUGCCCUGGCGACCAUUCUCCUGGUCGCCGGCUCAUCAGCAGCCACAUAUGAUCCUGUGGCGGCGCAACUUCUGGAUGUGGAUGCAGGUGUCCAGGCUCCGGUGGCAGCACGCCAAGCACGUCAGUUUGGCGGCGGCUUUGGCGGUCCGGGAGGCGGUUUCGGAGGUCCAGGCGGCGGAUUCGGAGGUCAAGGCGGCGGAUUCGGAGGUCCAGGCGGUGGAUUCGGAGGUCAAGGCGGCGGAUUCGGAGGUCAAGGCGGCUUCGGAGGCGGUGGCUUUGGUGGACGUCCAGGUGGCGGCUUUGGCGGUCCGGGAGGCGGCUUCGGAGGACCAGGCGGUGGCUUCGGUGGCGGAUUUGGAGGCUAGAAACCAAGCAGCAAUCAUCUGUGACUGACUAAGCAUAAAACGCUAGAAAUAGACUUUGAAAUCAAAGUGCAAUCAAGCACGCUCUAAUUAAGUUCGAAAUACAUUUGCCCCUCUUCUUUGAUUCACUUAAUUUCCUUGUCAUUUGCAUGGCUUUCAGUGAUUGGCAUUGGUCUUCAGGGUUAAAUGUUGUUUGUGAAUGCACUAGGAAAAAAAAUGAAUGUGGAUACGAAAAGAAACAGGAUGACUUGAAGCAAUCAAUGCUAAAUUAAGAAGCUGAUUAAAAGUAUGCCACAGUAUUUAAACUUUGGAGCCUUCAAACUUCCAGUCUUUCACAGUACAAGUAUACGUAUAAAAAUGAAGAUAAAUUUGAAAAUUUUUUUUCUUGGACUGUAAAUCAGCAUUUAAUUCGUU